GUCUUGUUUUUGUUAUGGUUUUAUCAAUCUGAAAAAAAAAACUUUUCAAAUAUAAAUAUAAAUUUUUUGAUUUCAUUGCGAUUUAAGCAUUUGAUUUAAUCAAGAUGAGCAAAUUCUCGCUCUUCAAUGGCAACGAUGAGGACGCGCACGAAACGGAGCUGAAAUACGCACACCUUAUGAAUCUAGGAAAUGCGAAUCACUCGGUAUCGGAAAAUAGUUCUGGGAAAGCAAGUCGUUGCAAGUGGACCAGCGCAGAGGUGGAGACCUUUCUGGGAAUCAUUCACCAACUAAAACUGCAAGCUGCACUCCGAAGGGCGCAAAGCAAUGCAAAGGUGUUUCGGAUGGUGUCCAGAGAAAUGGCCCGGCGGAACUGCCCCAAGAGUCCAAAGCAUCUGAGAAUCAAGUUCCAUCAGAUGCGGCGUCAAUAUGCGAAGGCUCGGAAUGGCGGCGAACCCUUCGAGCACGUUGAGGCGGUGCACGAGUUGAUGCAGGGAGAAGAUGUAUCUGAUCUGGAUGAAGAGGCACUGGAGAGUGACAGUGAUAUGGAGGCAGACGAGGACCAGUCCGGCAUGAUCUCGGAAACCGAAGGGGACGAUGCUUUGGAUGCCUCAGGAUCUUCAGUUAACAUCGUUGCCCGCUGCAAGUGGGCAGAGGGCGAAGUGGACCUCCUCCUAGACCUGAUCCACACACUUGGUCUUCGAGCAGCUUUGCUGCAAAAGCGCAAUGCCAAGGUCUUCAAGCUGCUGUCCAAGGAGAUGUCCAAGCGCAACUGUCACAAGGGUGCUGAGAAGCUGCGCAUCAAGUUCCAGCAGCUGCGGCGAUUGUACAACAAGGUCAAGAACGGCACAGGGAAAACGUUCGAGCACUUUGAGGCGAUGCGACUGGUCCUGGAUCCCACCGAAGAGGAGGCGGCCGCGGAUGCUGAAGCGGAAGCCCAUCUGAGCAGCGCAAGCGAUAGUGAUUUCAAUGACAGUGACGAGGAAGAGGGUGAUGCAUCACAGAGAAGCGGAGCGCAUUUUUGGACAGACGAAGAGGUUGAUUCGUUUCUACUCAUCAUUCGGGACAAUGGUUUCUUCCGCGCCUUGGAUGGCUCAAGGAAACGCAACUUCCAGACCCUGGUGCACAUUUCCAACAUCUUGGCUAAGCAGUCCAUCAAACGCACUCCCCACCAGCUGCGCAAUAAACUAAGGCUGCUCUGCAAGCGCCAUCGAGAGGCCAAGGAGCACGGGCUAGAUAAUGUACGCAUUCUGCCUCGCCACUUUGAGCUCUUCGAUGAGCUGAUUCAAGCUCCGCGGGAGAACAAAGAAAAUGCCAUCAGCAGGCUCAUUCGCAUCAGUAAGCCUUCCUUUUUCAAGCCGCCAGGCAAGCCAAGCGUUCCGCUGGAAAGUGACAGCGACAACUCCAGCUCCACCUGCGAUCUCCUAAGAGCGGCAGCCGAUAGCGAGGACUACGUGGACGCCAUCGAGAUGGAGGCUGAACCAACGCCGAUUGAAGCACUCACUGCCAUCAUGGAAGGUCAAAAGAAGCUGCUUGCGCAGAUCAAAACUACCAACGAGAGCUUCCUGCGGCAGCAACGCGAGCAGCAGCAUCAAUUUUUGGAACAAGUAUCCGACCUGAUGCGUCGAGAUCGAGAGGAGACCCUGCGCAGGAUCAGCGAAAUGCUGCAACCGAAGUAAUGGAAACAUAGAACUCAAGCUUCUAAAACUUUUAUUGAAUUGAAUUCGCAAUUGCAAAAAGUUGUCAUUAUUUAUAUAUAUUAUAUGUAUGUAUUCUAUAUUCAUAUCGUGUGUGUGUGUAUCCUGUUUUUGUGAUAGUGUCCUGUGUCUAGGGUUUUCCUCAUUCAUUGUGAACAGAAUGUUGGUUGAAGUUACUCGCAAUUCGCAAUUGUCUACGAUUUAUCUAGGGUUUUGUAUAAGUAUAUACGUAAUUUUGAGAGAUUUUUCGUUUGUUAUUUGAUAUGCUACAUUGUUAUUUUUGGGAUUAAGUUAACAGUUGGAUUCGUUUUAGGUUUUAACAUUAAGCGAGAAUGCUCGUUAGUUUUUAGUUUUUGUUCUUUUUGUGUCAUCUGUAUACACAUAUGUAUAUAUUUUGUAUAUUGUUCGGUUUACAACAACUAAGCAAGCUCGUCAUAAAAUAUGUGUUGCACUUCAAAAAAAAAA